AUGCUUCUCUCAAACACCAUUGUCGUCUCGGUCCUGGCCGCGAUUGCUGCUGCCGCCCCGGCCACCUCCAAGGUGGUUCAAUUCCCCGUCACUCGGCACUCCAACCCCAACAAGGCCCCCUCGCAGUUCCUACAGAAGGUGUCAACGCCGUCGGUCACCGUCACCAACAAAGAGUACUGGUACUCGGUUGCGCUCCAGCUGGGCUCCCCCGCCCAGAACUUCAACGUUCUGCUCGACACCGGCUCCUCCGACCUCUGGGUGUACGCCUCCAAUGACACCCAGGACUGCGAGAACAACGCCUGCGCCUUCACCGGUACCUUCAACGCCGACCAGUCAUCCACCUACCAGUUCCUGAACGACGACUUCAGCAUCCACUACGUAUCCGGGAGCUCCGUGGGCAACUGGGGUACCGACACGCUGCAUAUCGGAGGUGUCUCGCUCACCGACUUCCAGUUUGCCGCCGCAGCCUCGGCGGGAGGAGGACAGGGAGUUCUGGGCAUCUCUCUCCAGGGCUCCGAGUCCGUGCCGCCCGGAAACCAGUACGAAAACUUCCCUCUCAAGCUCAAGAGCGACGGCUACAUCGACCGGGCCGUCUUUUCGCUCUAUCUAGACGACCUGUCUUCCUCCACCGGAAACCUGCUCUUUGGAGGAGUCGACAAGGCCAAGUACGAGGGCGAUCUGGCGGUUCUGCCCCUGACCAGUUCCGCAGCCUUCCAGGUCGCCUACUCCGGAAUUUCGGUCGGCCAAAACUCCUACGGAGGCGGUAACGCGGUGCUCGACUCUGGAACCUCGUACACCUACAUUCCCGACCAAGACUUCCAGCAGCUGGCCCAGGACCUCAACUUCCAGGAGACAGAUCAGAGCACCGGCCUGCCCAUCAUUGACUGCGACUCCAACGAGCCUGUGACCUUCUCUUUCGACGGUAAGGACAUUGUCGUGCCCUCGUCUCAGAUGGUCAUUCCUCUCUCCACCCUGGUGGGCGACGACUCCGAAACCCAGUGCGUAUUUGGAAUCCAGUCCGCCGCCUCCACCCAGGACUACGUGCUCUUUGGAGACACCUUCCUGCGAGCUGCCUACGUGGUCUACGACCUUGACCAGGAGCAGGUUGGUAUUGCCCAGGCCAAGUACACCUCCGAAACCGACAUUCAGCCUGUUUCUGGAUCCAUUUGA